AUUACCCACACAUAGAUUACAAAAAUGGCUGCAAAUCGUCGCAAGCAAGACGAUAAAAAUUUAGAAAUUUUACGUGAGCUUAUUUCACUAAAUGGGAAUAAAUAUUGCUUAGAUUGCAACCAAAGAGGACCUACAUACGUAAAUACCACGAUCGGUUCAUUCGUGUGUUCAAAAUGCUCGGGAAUGUUGCGUGGCCUUACACCGCCUCAUCGCGUGAAGUCCAUUUCCAUGGCCACUUUCACGCCGGAAGAAAUAGAAUUCAUAAAAGCGAGAGGUAACGACUUCUGUAGGCGCGUUUGGUUAGGCCUGUAUGAGGGUGAAAGUGUGAAUUUUACAGACGAACAAAGCGUCAAAGAUUUUAUGUCAGACAAAUAUGAGAAGAAGCGCUUUUAUUUGGAUUCGCCCGUGAUCAGUAACAAUCCCGUCAAUGGAAGUUCGAUAAAAAAUAGGCCUAAAGCAAAGGCCGGAAGUAACGCGUCGGGCGCAACGCCGUUGAUAUCGAUUUCGCCGCAAACUUCGAAGAACACGGCCAACAAUAACAACGUCGUCCAAACUGCGAAAGUGGUAAACAACCUGCUGCCUACGAACGACAUUAGCUACAGAGUGGCCCAGCCAGGCAAUCACUUGGCGAAGCCUAUAGCGAACACAGUCGCUCCAGUACCUGCUGCUGCACCAGCCUCCGUACCUGAUUUUCCUGUUGAUUUUUCUACGGCAAAUAUUUAUAACAGUAGUCAGUUCAACAAUAAUGUGAACAAUAGUUUUGCAUCACCUCCGUCCGUGACCUCUACAACAUUCAAUGCGUUUAGUCCUCCAGCUCAGCCAACAAAUGAUCGGUAUGCUGCACUGGCAGAUUUAGAUAUGGCUUUAAGGCAACAAAACAUGAAACAUAUGGAAGAAAAUAACAUUGUAAAUAAUAAAAAUCCAUUCCAAAGCCCUGCAACCAAUGAUCUGUUUGCAAAUAAAAACCCAUUUUUCAAUGGAGGAUGGAGUACCGCUACAGCUACUGUACCAGUCAACCCUUUUAUGCAGUCCACAAACAAUGGCGGUUUCGUGAAUUCCAAGAACCCAUUCCUCUGAGUGGACGACAUGGAA